AUGCUUUACAUCACUGUUUGUUUACGCGUCGUCGGUGCACUGCUUACAAAAACAAUUGUCCAGAAAGAACGGUUUCUUUUAUUUUGUGCUACUCUUUCGCUCAAACGCAGCUGUGUUUGCUGGCUGACGAAAUUUUUGCAAGCAUUUGAGCUAAGAAGUGCAAAGCGGAUCAAUCGAUUAUUAGCCAAUGAAGUGGUCUGGGAGUAUAAUGUGGAUGGCGUUCAGGGGAAAGGUGCCCUAAGAAAAGAAGAAAAUUUUUUUGGCGUUAUAAUCGAUUCAAUAACUGCAGUCGGCGGUAUUGGCCCAGCUGAGGAACAAUUGAGAAAGGCCCUGCAGCUCCAAAAAAAGAGAUUUUAAAAACUCAAGCAG